UCUGCGUUUCGCUCUGCGUGUGAUGGACAGGCGGCUAUUCAGCUCGAGCUGGGCUGGAGAGAGUAGAAAGUAAGCUCGUUUAAAACAAACAUCUGUCUUCAGGACUCUUGCUACAUCUCGAAGCGAAGGAGAAUGCUCUCGCUUUCAUAAACGGAGGAUCUGAGCGGUGUUUGAGGACACAGGAGGAGAGACAUGUCCAGCUCACAGAGAAGAGACUGAUCAGACAACACAGAAAGAUGCAGCUGUGGGGUCGAUCUCUGUGGCCGCUGCGGGUUGUGCUCUGGUUCACCUUGGUAAUGUGUUCGUGUGGGUUGGUUUCUGCGGGCACGCGGAGUCUGCGGGGACACACAGCUUCGUACCAGGUAAAGCAGGGCACCUGUGAGGUGGUUGCCAUCCACCGCUGCUGCAAUAAGAACAAGAUUGAGGAGCGUUCACAGACCGUCAAGUGCUCCUGUUUCCCUGGUCAGGUGGCCGGUACCACACGUGCACAGCCAUCUUGUGUGGAGGCUUCCAUCGUGCUGCAGAAGUGGUGGUGCCAAAUGCACCCAUGUUUGGAUGGCGAGGAGUGCAAAGCUCUUCCAGAUCUGACUGGCUGGUCCUGCAGCACUGGUAACAAAGUCAAAACCACCAAGGUCACGCGAUAGCAACAACAUGGCAGUUCUACCAUGGGGCCCAAGACUUCUUACCGACUCACUGGAAAAGAAGACUUUCUUGUUUAAGACACUGACAUUCUGGAGAACUAUACAUGCUAGAGAUUGGACAAACUCAUUGUAGACUAUAGACGGCAUUUUGAUUUGACAGAAGACAUACAAGGAUCUCUGUAUAAAGACUGUCUGAAGACUGUCUCCAUAAACUCAAAGUGACUUUCUGGAUUUCCACUGGUUUGUGAGUGCAUGAGAGAUUAGAGGACAUUAGACUUGAAGGACAAACCCUGGACUGUCAGAUUCGGCUGGAGGUUUGUGUGCCUGCCUGUAAGAGACUGUAGUUUAACAAUGUUUAUCGGCUUUCCAGCACACAGCAAACUUUAUAUUCAUGAGUAGGGAGGGAAUUUUGCUCUGAAUGUUUGAUUCACAAGUUAUUGUCAAUUUGCUCCUCUGGGUCAAGUCAUUACCCUGAAAAUGUUUCCUUUAAGUCAUUUUGCACUUCUAAUUAGGGUUGCUGAAUAGGAUCAUAACAACAAAUUAAAAAUUCAUGAGCCUUUUUUUGCACUAGAUAAGAUCAUAUGGAGAUGUGUUGCGUUUUCUAGUCUUUUACUGUCGGUGUGAGAUGGAAUUCAGGAGACAAAACAUUUAUAAAGCUUCCUUCCACAAUUGCAAAGUAGAAAUGCAAGUGAUGUAGUCAACAGUAAAACAAUGAUAAACUCUACAGUAAAAAAAUACAGCUCCUCCUUGCUGUAAAGUGUUAUGUAAUGUGAGCUUUACAGAUGCAAUCCCCUUGAAACAACUUUUAAA